AUGCAAUAUGUUGUACUUCCUCCCACCCCAAGUAAAUGUCACAAGAGUGUGCGGGUAGGAUUCAUCUGCAAUGCUCCUGACUAUAAAUGUGAGGAAGAUGAUUGGAAGGAAACAACUUCCAGCAAAUGUGAUACGUUCAAAUUAAACGUGGAGAUCUUCUCUUCUGACACUGGGGAGUGGAGAGAAUCAGUUGUCUCGUCCCCACGGCACUUCAAUUUUGGCCGCCUCAAGGAGUUAUCCUUUACAUACAAUGGAAUGUUAUAUUGGCUACCAGAUCGCGACUUUAUUGUUAUUGGUUUGGGUCCAUUCUACGACAAUGAUGGAACUAGCAGCAGCAACAAUAAUGGUGAUGGUAUUAUUGAUCAUAAACUGGGUUUCACCAUAUUUGAGGAGACUCUAGACUUUGGUUUUAUGCUUCAGUACUCAGGUGUGUGCAGAGGAUAUGUGCUAUUGUGCAACAUGAGCAUGCUCUCCAGAAGUCUGUACGUAUAUGAAUUGAAACAAUCACAAGAUGAUGGAGCUGCUGCUGGCAAAAAGUUGUAUUUGAGUAAACGCAGGGUUUAUUCCUUUGAUGCUGAAAUGAUUCCAUUCAAAUCGAAUAUGUUACCGAUUGCUUUUGACCCAAGUAAUAAGGAUAUUUUUUAUCUGCAUGUGGACGAUGAUAUUUAG